AGUUAUGAAAUUUACUCAGAUUUGACCAAUUUGAUUCUGAGCAUUUUUAAUGACACCGUUCCAGCUCCAUGUAUUAGUCUGUGGACUCUCAGAAACCAUCAAACCGGUUCGCCGAUCUGUGUGGCAGCAACCAGCUAAAUCAUCACGAUGCCCAUUAAAUGGGUUUUGCAUUGGCAACCAAAUGCAGGCACAACUGUCAACAGUCAAAUCUUAAGCGAAGUCUCGCAGUGCGUUGAGAGCAUCAACGGCGUUAAAGAAGGCCGCUGGAAAGCUACUCUCACAUUCUACAAACCCAUGUUACGAGACCAGGCUUUUGCGGGGGAAUUCCCGCGAGAUUUUCUGGGGAUAUCAGUUCCAGAACAGCCAAACAAGUAUUAUUUCGUAAUACGGGCUCAACGGAUCGUUAUGGAAGCUGAUUCCUCCAUUCAGACUAUAAUGGAGAAGUUGCAGUCUUACAAAAUGAGAGUGGCUCUAAAUUUUGAGGGGGUUCAAUAUCAACUAGGUGAUUUCCAAUUGAGAGUGGGAAAAGUUGUGCCAUUUCAUUCUGAAAAUUUAAGAGGAAUAGUUAUGGAGGUGGAGUACCUUCCUAUUUCUUCAAUGGAAAAAUCCAGGCAAAUUAUGGAAGAAUUUCUAGACAUAUGGCAAGAAGCGCUGUCGAAAAGAUCAUUGCCAGGUCAGUUUAUGCAUAUGGAACCUAAUUUUACUGAGUAUGGCCUCCUAGACCUGUAUACAUCUCAGCACACGGCGGUUCAGUAUGCUACUGUUAUGGCCCAACUAAUUGCAUCUGUUCAAAGUGGGCAGGCUGCGAGAAAUUAGGAAGUAAACCAGUGAUCAUGGUCCUGUAUGUUACUCAAAUGACUGGCUUUCUUUCUGUUUUUUUAAUGGACAAAUCUGGUAUUUAGGCUCACCUUAUGUUCCGUUCAAGCCGUUCAUUUCCAAUUACAAUUUCAAAUCAGGAGCACCGUUUGAUGGAUAAAAUGAAAAGUAUUAAGAAACUAUGAUGUUAUAUUAGCCAGAAA